AUGGAAGAGAGAGUUGGUCAGCAAGAGCAGGAGAGAUCCAACCUCCGUCUGGAAAAGCUACAGCACUGGGCGAGACACAGGCAGAGUGGGCACCUCUUGGUGCUGGCGGUAAGUCAGCUAUGGCUGGCAGUGGCUGUCGUGCCCUUUGCUGUCUCAGUCGCCUGCCUGAACUCUGCUUGUCACAUGGCCACAGCGCUGCCUCUUGGGCCUGGAGCCUCAGGUUUCCUCACUGGGAUUGUCACCCUUGAGCUUCGCAGGGCACCCCGCCUCUGGAAGGUGCGGGCCAUGAUGAUAUUCAACACUUUCAACUUGAUCUUGGGUUUCAUCGUGGUGGUGGUGGAGGUGAUGAAGACAGCCUUGGGAUCUGCCCCAACUGCCCCUUCCCAGCUGGUUGGCCUGCUGGUUCUGGAACUCAGCACGGAGGCCUUCACCCUAGGAGGAGUGCUGGUCUCAGCGCAGGCCCUAUUCUUGCUGAGCCAGAGGAAGCCAGGAUGCUGCAGGAGCCAGAAUCUGCACUACCAGGAGCUGCAGGAGGGACUCUCUGAGUUGGAGGAGGUUCCUGGUUUGGAGGAGGUUCCUGGUUUGGAGAACGGUCCCAUGGUGGCCAGCACAGGCAACAGAACAAAUGAGCAAGCAGGCCAAGGGGAGCAGGCAGGUGCUGCUCUCCUUCCACCCUGA